CGGGCCCGAGCGCUGGGCCGGCCUGGCGCUCGGGAUGCUCGGGCAGCACCGCGGGCCGGCCGGGCGCUCGGGAUGCUCGGGCAGCACCGCGGGCCGGCCGGGCGAGAUGGAGCCGCCUGAGGGCUGGGACCCCUACGGGCGGCCGGCCCGGCGCACGCAGUGGCUGGUCAGCGCCCUCGCCUACCACUACGGGCUGGACCGAGGCGUGGAGAACGAGAUCGUCGUGCUGGCCACCGGUCUGGACCAGUACCUGCAGGAGAUCUUCCACCACCUGGACUGCGCCGGGGCGGGCCGCAUCCCCGGCGAGGACUUCCGCACGCUGUGCCAGGUGCUGGGGCUGGAGGAGGCGGCGGAGCCCGAGGAGUGCGCGGGGCUAUGGGACGGGCUCUCGGCCGAGCUCACCUUCCGCCAGUUCCACGCGCGGCUCUGCGGCCACUUCAGCACCCGCGCGGGGCCGCGGCUGCCGCUGGGCCGGGAGAGCGAGCACAUCGAGACCCAGAUCCGCCUGCGCAGCCCCCGCCGCCGCCGCCGCCGCGCCCACCCCGGAGCCGCGGGCAGCGCCGAGCGGCGGCCGCCCGGGCCCUGCUCCCGAGAGUGCUACGAGGAGAUCGUGGCGCUGGAGCAGGCCGAGGACCGCAUCGCCAAGCUGGAGGAGGAGAACGGCAGCCUGCGGGAGCUGGUGGAGGACAUGCGGGCCGCCCUGCAGAGCAGCGAUGCGCGGUGCCUGGCGCUGCAGGUGGGACUGCGGAAGAGCCACGCCAGCCAUAAAGAAGAAGGAUCCUGCUUCAUAGGGAGUAAGAGACCAUUAACACAGAACCACUCCCAGACUGAGUGCCUCCAAAGUGUCCUGAAGGAAAUGGAGCUCAUCCGGAGCUCCAGGGAUGGGCAGAUUGAAGAAGCCAUCAGGUUCAAUCAGGAGCUGGAGAAGGAGCUGAAGAGCUCUCAGGAAGCUCUGGUCAGCCUGGAAGAUUGCAACCGUAACCUGAAGAGAGAGCAGGCAGAGAUGAGGAGGAAGGUGGAAGAGGCCAGACACGCUGUCCUGAACAGUCUUGGCAAAGUGAAGGAGCUGGAAGUGAGAGCUAAUGAGGUGCCACAUCUGCAGAUACACAUUCAGCAGCUGGAAUCACAACUGCAGCACUACAGGUGGGCAGCGGAGCGAUGGCAGCGUGGCCAGCAGCACAGCCCCGAGCAGCAGGGGAGAGCAGCCCUGGCACCGCGGGAUCGCCGCUCCCCGGCCGGCACCGCCGAGCACGGUUUAUCUGGGGGUGUAGGGGUGCAGCUGAGGGGUCCCUGUGUCCCCGCAGAGGAUCAGCUCUUCCGCUCCGUGGAGGGCCGGGCUGCCUCGGAUGAGGAGGAGGAGAAGUGGGCAGGAGAGAGGGAUCCCCAGCUGGAGCACGGGAAGAAGAUCCUGGCCAAACUCCCUUGCUGUGGCAGUGGAUGUGAUGAAAAGACGUGGAGAAAUCCGCUGUCCCACCUGGAGAGCACCAGCACUGACGGGAAGGACCCUGUAGAGCUCCCAGGGAGAAUCUCCCCCCUCACAGAGCAGCCAGAACUCAAGGGCCACCAAGAGAAAAAACUGGAAACAAACAUGGAAGAGAUGAAAGGCCCCUUGCUCGGGGAGCUGCAGCAGAAGGUGGAGGAGGCAGAAGGGCUGAAGAUGGAGCUGCAGAUGUUGGAGACAGAGAGGGUUCGGCUGUCCCUGGUGGAAGAGAAGCUCAUGGAUGUUCUUCAGCUUCUCCAACAACUCCGAGACCUGAACAUAUCUAAACGAGCCUUGGGGAAAAUCCUGCUGAGCACUUUGGAAUCCUGCCAUGACCCCCAACCUGGCAAAGCCCAGCUGUUGGAAGUGCUGAACACCCUUCAGCAGGAGCUGGCCGCCUGUGAACUGCUGCACAAGCAGCCCAUGGAGCAGGCACAGAGCCCACGGUCCCUGUCCAACCCCCUGGUCAUCUCCUGCUGAGCCCAGCCAGCCCCAGGACAGCUGGAAGGAGGAAUGAAGGACAUUUGUCCAGCCCAGCCAGGCCUGGACUGGCCAGGAGCGAGGAGUGACCCCAGGGAAGAGCAGCAGCCCUGGGCUGAGCACAGCCCUGCCUUGGCUGGACUGCAAACCCCAGCCCUGGGGUGCCCUGGGGUGCCCUGGGGUGCCCUGGGGUGCCCUGGGACUGGGCUGGCACCAAACUGUGCCCAGCACCCUCACCUGACCCACGGUGAUUUACAGCCCUGGGGAUGUGGGGGCUGCCCACAGUCUGCAGCCUCUGUGGAAGCCCCACUCCAAAGCCAAGUGUUACCCCUGGAUUUGUUAUCCCUUACCCUACAAGUGACAAACUGAAUGAUGAACACACCCAGGAGUGUGUGCCAGCAGUGCAGGUUUUAAGGGCUCUGUGUUUCUCACUCAAUUAUUCACCUUAUUUAACUCUGAAGCUAGAUUUUUUAUUGCUCUGCUGAAUUUUAUAUUGGCAAUUAUAGAGAUGCCUUAGGAAUAUGCAGCAGCCUUUCCUGUCAACAGUCAGAUUUUACAUAAAAAGUUACAUUUAAAUGCUUGAAGAAGAUCCAAAGCACUCUUGUUCCCAAGGUCUCAGGGAAAGGAAGGGCUGAAAAAUUCACUUUGCUGUCGUUCUGUGUUAGCAAACAACCUAUGCAGUGCACAAGUGAGUUCUCAAGUUUAAUUUCCCUCAGUGCAGCUGCACAGACACAAAAUUAGCCCCCAUAUGCAAACCAAUUAAUGUAAAAGAGCUGGGCCUAAUCAUGGUGCCAUGGAAUGUUUUAAUCUGCAAUAAAAUAAUUCCCGGGGCAACAGUUAAAAAAAAAAAAAAAAAAGGUUUAUUUCAAGGUGCUUUUGCUGUGUCAUUCACCUGCCAAACAGAGGCAGAAUUCCUAAAAGAGCCAGCUGAAUUUAUGUUAUUGAAAAGAUGCACUGAGGAUCUUUUAAGAAUGUGAAAUUAUCUGCCUGAGAUAAUGCCAGCGAUGAAGUAAGAUCAUUCCACUGUACAUGUAUGAAUUUUUUCCAGAAAAUGGUUUUCAUACAGGAAUAAGGUCCACAAGGCAAGAUGGGGAAUAAGAUUUCCAUUCCUUUCCAUUCAGAACACACUGUGCAGCUCACACACACCUCCAUUAAAAAUUGUGGCACAUUUGAGCCACAUUGGGAACAAGAAUUUGUAUUAUUUUCAUUUAAUUUUAAAGGAGAAAAAAAAAAAGGGAUUAUGCAAACAGGGAAACAAACUCUACUCAAUGGUGAUUUACCUCAUUGGGGUUCUUUUUGUAUUUUGGGUUUUUUUUGGUGGUUUAGCAGAGGAAGAUUUUAAGAAUAGA